AACAGCUGAAGUGCAAUAAUGCUAAAAUUUACCAAUAUAUUUAGAAAAAUUAGCCUUUUAAUUAUUUAUCUAAUUAUUAUAACAAUAUUUACAAUAUUUAUAAACAUAAUAUAUUUAGAAAAUUUCAAAUGUAAAAUGCCAGAAGCAUACCUAUCUUUAAAAGAAAUAGGAAAGUUAGAAGGUUUUUAUUUACAAAAUUGGAUAAAAUCUCAAUUCAACAAAGAAGUUCUAAGUUUUAAACAUUUAUUAAUGAAGAUGAACGACAAAUUGGAAGAAAAUCAUAAAUACUUGCAGAAUUCUCAAAAUAAAUUUGAUCAUUACACAAUUUCUAAGUCAAUAUCUAUAAAAAAUUCUCGUAUUAAUUUAAAAAUUUUAGUCAAAGGGAAAAAUAAUCUCACUUCCGGUUAUCUAGACCAUGUCAUCGAAACAUUCAAAUAUUCUGGUCACCAAAUUAUCCAUGACCCAGCUGACGGGUGGCACAUCUUGUGGCAUCACGAUUAUCCAUUCAUAGAUACCGACUUGGGACUAAUGUCUAUAAAUCACAAUCACAAGAUAAAUCAUUUUCCUGGCUCGGGGUUUAUUACGAGUAAAGCCAGCUUGAUGCGUUACGACGAAGCGGAAGGGUUGGAGAAUAGACCGCGUUACUUGCCCUUAGCAUUCACGUUGCCCAAUCAGUUAUCCCUAUUCGUAGAUCACCUGAAGGUACAUCAUAACAGCUACCACAACGUAUCAUUCCCCGAUUCCAAAUACUAUUGGGUGCUCAAGAGUAAAGACCACAGGGGAAUAGAAAUAAUGGAGCCGGACCUUAUAAUGGCAAAGUAUCGUAACAAGGCAACAUCUUCCAACGAGGAAGUAGCGUUCGUUCAAACCUACAUUCGCGAUCCUUUACUCAUUGACGGGCGGAAAUUCGACAUAGGAAUGUACGUCCUGAUAACCUCCUUGUCCCCCCUAAGAGUUUACGUUUAUUGGGGAGACGUGUUGUUCCGUUUUUGCCCUCGCGAUUACCACCCAUUCGAUCCGUCAGAUAAAGACAAAUACGUCAUCGGCGAUGAUUACACUCCAUUGUGGCAGAUACCGUCCUUAUCCGGUGAUUACCUUAACCAUUCUUCUACCUUCAAAACCGCCUUCGAUAAUUAUUGCCGCGCGCAUUUGCGCAUAAAAAACGUCGAUUCAAAAAUAUGGGCCCGCGCGAGAACCGUUAUUGUUGACGUUUUAAAACGCAACAGAGCCAAAAUGCUUUCCGCCAACCAGGGUUGGAACCAAAAGGGCGCGUAUUUUGAGCUGGUGAGGUUCGACUUCGCGCUGGACUCAAAUCUCGAACUCCAUUUGAUGGAAGUCAAUAUGAGCCCCAACCUAUCGUCCGACCACUUUCCGCCCAACAAGAGACUUUACCUCAGGCUUCUUCACGACACCAUAAGGCUUGUCCUGUCCAAUUUCUACAACGAAGUCGAACGAGAUGCUUCCUCUAGUGAGAUUGAUAUAUCGGUUAGAGAUUUAUCAGUUUUUCCGGAUCUGUGCGCUCGUUAUUGUCAAAACGUAACGCGUCCGAACAUCGCUUGCCACCAUCUUUGUACCGUAAACGGCGACAAAGUCGCGAAAGGUGGAUUCAUCGAAAGUUCUUAUUUGGAACACCUCAAUAAAGGUAGUUUCAAGAAGGUGCUACCCCUUCCGCCCUUAGAAAAUAGCGACGAACCGAUAUUCGGCCUGUCAUUUUGGGAAGGCGCCCUCUUCAAUCGAUCCAUGGUCGAAUCAUUUUUCGAGAAAGGUUUUACAACAGAUGGAGAACUAGGCCACAAUUUAUCGCACUUCGAAACAAAUACGGGAAUCGAUACCGCGAUAAUUAACGACGUCGUCUUGCGAAUCUGGUACUAUGGGAAAGGCCUUCAGAGUGAUGAUAAAUCAUGGGGCGAGUAAAAUUAAAAAAUAAACAGGUGAUCGCCUUUAUUAAACAUUUUACAAAAAAAUAUCUAAACAUUCCCAAUAACGCAAUUAGUAUAGAAUGUAAAAAUAAUUAUUAUUCAUUACCUAAAUUAUCAAUGUCGUUUAUUUUAUUAUUUUUUUAAAAUAAUGUUUAAAAUGUGUUGGGAUUUUCUCCCCCCCCCCCUCGUUUUCAGGUUUAUCUGGGUGAAUUAGUUUGCCCCUCUCCCUCUAAUUAUUCUUAGUUAUAUCAUAAUAAUUAUAAAUAUUUAUAAUUUAUUUAAAAUAACUUUUACAAAUUUUAGACGCAGGCCACCAUAUUUAUUUACUAGAAACUUCUUUUACUAUUUUAUUGAUAAAUUAAUCAAAAAUUAAUUAUAUAUUUAUAAAUCGUCCAUGUAGCAUUUAUAUAUAUUUUUUUUUAAAAACCCAAGUGCAACAAACCCAGUAUUACAAUAAAAAUGCAUUUUAAUUAUUAUUUUUUAAAUAUAUAAAUACUUUUUUACAAAAAUA